CAGGACCAGUCUGGCUGCACCUGCAUCCUUCGCUCAGAGCAUCCCUGGAGCAUCUUAGGAGGCGGCCGCAGCUGGCAACCAGGGGCCCGACCGUCGCAGGAGGCGUCCGCCAGACACCUUCCCCCUCCCCUGAGCUAGCGCUCUACAGCGGCGGCCUCGGUGCUGACCGGGCGCCCCCAGACUUGUCCGACCCUUGAAAAAGCGUUUAUAGCAAUAGCCUCUGGUUACGACAUGGCUGAGAUCACCAAUAUCCGACCUAGCUUUGAUGUGUCCCCAGUGGUGGCUGGCCUCGUCGGGGCAUCUGUGCUGGUAGUGUGUGUCUCGGUGACCGUCUUUGUGUGGACAUGCUGCCGCCAGCGUGCAGAGAAGCAGCACAAGACCCCACCAUACAAGUUUAUCCACAUGCUCAAAGGCAUUAGCAUAUAUCCAGAGACCCUCAGCAACAAGAAGAAAAUCGUCAAAGUGCGGAGAGACAGAGGUGGCCCUGGGAGGGAAGGAGGGCGUGGGAAUGUGCUGGUGGAUGCGGCAGAGGCUGGCCUGCUGGGCCCCGACAAAGGGCCCAAGGGACCCAGCUCUGGCUCCUGUAUAGACCAGUUACCCAUCAAGGUGGACUAUGGGGAAGAACUGAGGAGCCCCGUCGCGAGCCUGACCCCCGGGGAGAGCAAAAGCACAUCUCCGUCAUCUCCAGAGGAGGAUGUCAUGCUAGGAACCCUCACCUUCUCCGUGGACUAUAACUUCCCGAAAAAAGCCCUAGUGGUGACGAUCCAGGAGGCCCACGGGCUGCCGGUGAUGGACGAGCAGACCCAGGGUUCUGACCCCUACAUCAAAAUGACCAUCCUUCCCGACAAGCGGCAUCGGGUGAAGACCAGAGUGCUGCGGAAGACGCUGGACCCCGUGUUUGACGAGACCUUCACCUUCUACGGCGUCCCAUACAGCCAGCUGCAGGACCUGGUGCUGCACUUCCUUGUGCUCAGCUUCGACCGCUUCUCCCGGGACGACGUCAUUGGGGAGGUCAUGGUGCCGCUGGCCGGCGUGGACCCCAGCACGGGCAAGGCGCAGCUGACCAGGGACAUCACCAAAAGGAACAUCCAGAAGUGCAUUAGCAGAGGGGAGCUCCAGGUGUCUCUGUCCUACCAGCCCGUGGCACAGAGGCUGACCGUGGUGGUCCUCAAAGCCCGACACCUGCCGAAAAUGGACAUCACCGGUCUCUCAGGUAAUCCUUAUGUCAAGGUGAACGUCUACUAUGGCAGAAAGCGCAUUGCCAAGAAGAAAACCCACGUGAAGAAGUGCACUUUGAACCCAGUCUUCAACGAGUCUUUCGUCUACGACAUCCCCCCUGACCUCCUGCCCGACGUCAGCAUUGAGUUCCUGGUCAUCGACUUCGACCGCACCACCAAGAACGAGGCGGUGGGGAGGCUGAUCCUGGGGGCACACAGCGUCACCAGCGGCGGUGCCGAGCACUGGAGGGAGGUCUGCGAGAGCCCCCGCAAGUCCGUGGCCAAGUGGCACAGUCUGAGCGAGUACUAGUCCCCCGGUGGGGACAGAGAUGCCAGACAGGAGCAGACUUGGAACCUCCUUUUAGUUGUAGAAGAUUUCUU